AUGAACAGUGUUCAGCCGCAGCUGUUUAUGCUCAGCGGUCUGGCUAGACAUCGUCGGGCGAUCUCCGACGCCGUCGGGUGGCCUCACGGCGAGAACAUCGCAGAGUUGGCGAAGCUCGUCACCGAGGCCGCGUUGCGGGAGAGGCCAGAGCUGCUCCCGGACGGGCACCGGCUGUUGGGUUCGAGACCCCCGCUGCUCCCCCCCGAUCGCGAGCAGCAGCUUUACUGGUUGAACAUCACGUGGGAGGUCUGCCGCCUCCUCGCGGCAAGCGCCGCGGCAUCGCUGGCUCGGCAGGCGGGUUUGGCGGACUUGUCGGUCUACGACGUGCAAGUGAUGAUGUGCAUGCUGCACCGGCAGGCCGGCUUCGCGGCCCGCCACCGCGCGCGGCCGCAGUCAGCAGCGGUCCCGGAGUCGGCGGCAGCGCCGGCGGCGGCGAGUCCCGCCGUCGGGCGGCCUUCCCGGCCAGCCGCGAAGCGACUUCGCCGCGCCCUGCGGGCGGCGGCAGCGCCCGACCGUGGGGCAGCGCCGCCGCGGGCGAGGCCAGCCCUGGAGUCGCCAGCAGCGCCAGCGGCGUCAGCGCCGGCUCCGGCGCGCGCCGGGGCCGCGGCGGCGGCGGCCGCCUCGCGCGGCGAGGCCUCUCAGGCGGCUGCGGAGCGCCAGGGGCGCGCCGAGGUGCUUCCCGCGCCGGCUGCGGCAGCGGCGCCAGCGGCUGCGGCGUCGGCGGCGCAGCCAGCGGUGCCGCAGGCCUCUCAGGCGGCCGCGGCGUCGGCGGCGCUGCCAGCGGUGCCGCCCGCGGCGCCGCGGCGCCGCUCGGCCAGAGGGAAGGCGGAGCCUGCCCCGCAGGCCCAGCGCGGGCGCCCAGCCCAGCGCCCAGCCGAGGGCCGGGACAAGGGCGUCGUGCGCCGGCAGCGCGCUCGCGAGCAGCUUUCCCGACUGCGCCAGAGGAGGGAGCGCGUCUUGGACGCAAUGCGCAAGGAGGAGCAGCGUUCGGCGACGAGUCCGAGGAGCCGGGCGCCCGGGCGGCUGGGAGUGCGCCGCUGCCGAAGGACCUGCAGAGCAAGGGGUGUCAACGACGGUCGGUGGUCGGACAAGGGCCCAGGGUCGGACCCCUCUUCGCGGUGGUCGGACGACGGCAAUGAGUCAGACCCCGCCUCGUCCGAGCGGGACUCCGGGAGCGAGCUCCUCGAGGCGAUCGCGGCAGAGCAUGCCCUCUGGCAGCGCCCGGAGCAGAGGGGGCGCGCCUCGUGGCCUUCCCGCAAGGAGGCGAGGGCGAAGCGGGCGCAGCUCCAGGAGGAGCGAGCAGCCGCGAGGCAGGAGCACAUCGCCAAACAGGAACAGGGGCCAGCGGGCGUCCUCUCCGACGAGGGGCCGUCGGAGGGCAACCCCCUGACGCAGCAGGAGGCCCAGCGGGACUUCGAGCAGUUCGCGCGCGCCGUCGGCUUCAGGGGCGACCUGAGGCCUUUGUGGGCAGAUGCGCAGGCGGUGGCCCUUGGUGCCGAGCCACUUGCAUCAGGCCCCCCAGACUUAGCUUUCGUCGACGCCGAGCUGGACUUCCCUGCCAGGUCGGCACCCGUUGCUGAGGACGUGCAGCUAGGCAGCUUUCCCACUCCUCCCAGCAGCCACCGCAGCCACCGCGCCGCACCCGCCGCGGCGGACGCUGGGCCGGCGUGGCCGGCACCGGCGGCGCCAGAGCCCCCCGCUGUCAAGAAAGGCCCGGCCGGCAGCCCACCAGGCCGCGGCCGCGGCGGCCCCUACCCCGACAGCCCCGAGAGGCGCCUGCUGAGCCGCGGCGUGUACCCUGGCAGCCCCGAGGGGAAGCGCGCCAUCUCGCCGAGCGCCGUGCCCGCCCCACAGGCGGCCUGGCUGCUGGCUGGCGCGGAUCGGGACCCGCGCC